AAAUCAUUCUAGAGCCCGUCGCUGAGCCGCGUUCGAAAACAAGAAAAGAGUCGGGCUAGCACUAAAAGUCUCUCCUGCAAACCGGGAUGACGCACGACGAUGCUGACACUUGUCGCAUCUGUAGCGCCCCAGCUGAGCCAGAUGCUCCAUUGUUCCAUCCCUGCAGAUGCUCUGGGACCAUACGGUACAUCCACCAAGAUUGUUUGACUACAUGGUUAGCGCACAGCAAAAAGAAAACAUGCGACGUGUGCAAGUAUCAAUACUCAUUCACGAAGGUGUAUUCUGACAAUAUGCCAAGACAAAUCCCCUUCAUUUUGUUUUUGCGCAAGUUUGCGCAAAAGUCAUUUUGGGCAUGCAUUAUGGCGAUUCGAGGGUUGAUGGUGGCUACGAUUUGGCUAGCAUUUCUGCCAUAUGUGACUGUUUGGACUUGGAGAUUCUAUUUCAUCAUGGGUGAAAAUAUCGCAUGGUGGAUUUAUGAUCAUCCCCGGCCAAGUUCGACUCCAAUUUUUCAUUCGUAUUUCAGCAACCUCAGCUUGGUCGAUGACCAGAACCGGACGAAUUCCCCAGAUAAAACUAUCAUGGGCUUGGUAACAAGUUAUCCUGUCUGGCGAGCGCUCUCUGCGGAUAUUUUUACCGGUCAAAUCAUCGCGUCACUUAUUGUCCUGGUCUUCUUGGGGAUCUUUUUGCUUCGGGAAUGGAUCAUACAGAAUGCUAGGCCCGGAGUAUUCGAUGACGACGAUGCUGCUGGGGCAGGUGCGCAAGAUGGUAUGGAAGCUGGUUUGGAACCCGCACCAGCAGAGGUAGCUGAGCCGGCGGUGCCAAAUGAAGGAGAACAUGCAGAAGAUGCCGCUCAACAAGUCGUGGAAGAAAGCGCACCUUUGGUUGAUGUUCCCGGGGGAAGCACAUUAGCAGUGACGGAGAACGGUGCAACUGUACAUCCCGGCCAGAAACGGCGACUGAGUGCGGUUGACGAUGCAGACAGAGAAGGAGAUGAUGACUCCCGCGUUUCUCGAGUGCGUAGUCGAAUAGCCGGAAGUAGUUCGACAUCAUUGGAACGUCAAGAUCAGAAGGACUCUGAGCCGGUGUCAGAACAUGGCUCUUCAAAAGGAAAAGGCCGUUCAACUUCUGGCGAGAUGAACCAUAACCCGGACCAUUUCGAAUUUACUUUCUCCGUUGGAAAACCUGCUGCAGCGCCGAAUGAGCCAGGCGUGUCUCAACCGUUUACCUUCGGUCCGCCGCCAGAUAGCGCAAAUUUAUUUCAUUAUACACCAUCGACAAGACUUCCCUACCCGCUCACUCCGGGCGGUGGCUUGUCUAAUGAAGCCGAGUCAUCCUCCGGCCCCCGGCGACCACCUCUGCCCAAUACCAACUUUACAUCCUCCGCCAUAAUAGAUCUAUCUGACGAGCCAUCGACCUCCAUGGCUGCGCAUCCAGUUCUGACAGAUGUUGACGGUCCGACUGGGGGAGUGCUGCCUUCACCCAGUCUCGCCACGUAUCGCGCACCCGAAGAAUUUGAAGCGAAUGCUACAUCGUCUGCGGGAUCUAGGACGGAUGCCUACGAAGAUGACGAUUCUCACAAAUCGGACAGAGGGUCGAUUUCGUCUUCUGCUAUUGCAACUGUUGCGGAUUCUGAUUUUCGCAAUGAUUUGAACGAAUAUUUCCGGGAAGAGAAUGAGAUGCAAGGUCCGAUCCACGUAGGCGAGAUUCUUAAUGAAGAGGAUGUUGUAGAGGAGCCAGACCAACCAGCAGUUGAGGAGGGGGACAACGAGCCUGAAGAUGUGGCCGAAGAACAAGACGGUAUUAACGACGACGACGUCGACGGAGCCUUAGAGGCUGUUGGAAUGAGAGGACCCUUGACAACUGUUUUCCAAAAUGCUGCUUUAAUGAUUUUUGUAUUGGAUACAACCAUCGGUCUCGCAGUUUGGCUGCCGUUCACGAUCGGGAAGACUGCUGCAUUACUUUCUCUAGAGCCCGCUCGCAUCGCGCAUCUCCUUCAGUGGCCGAUCCGUAUCAUACGAUUUUUCACCGAUCCUGCUGUGGACUUAAUCGCUCUCGGUAUCUUUAAUGGUGGACUUCCUAUCAGGAAUUUCGUCGAAACUCUGUCAGAAUAUAUUUCACCUUCAAGGAUUCCGAGAGAGGAACGGCAUUUCGCUUCGCAAGCUUCGAAUACAUCGAAGGUUGUUCUGGACUCGAGGCGUAUGACGACGUUUUUCGUUUGGGAAGCUGGUGGUCAAGGAUCAGCAAUCAUCCGUGGCAUGGAAUACGUUGCAAACUCACCUGUUGGUCAAUUCCUGGAGCCAUAUUUUGCUCGGCUGGGGAGACGAGUCCGAAUGAACGCUACAUCUGCAAAAGCCGGUUGGAUAGAGUUGGCGAACGGUGACGCGUCCAUAAAUAGGUUUUUUGCCAUAUCUCUGGGCUAUUUACUUGCGGGCAUCCUGCUCGCAUUCUAUCUAAACGUCCUGAAUGUGGGGAAUGUUCAAAGUGCCGGAAGAGCUAUUAGAAAUGCUAUCCGACAACAGCUUAUAGUUUUGAAGGUUGCGAUCUUCAUCUUGAUUGAACUUGUCGUAUUUCCUCUUGGAUGUGGCGUAAUGCUUGAUUUUUGCACGCUGCAAUUGUUCCCAGAUGCGACCGUCCGGUCCCGUAUGUCUUUCUUCGCCUACGCUCCGGUCACAGCUACUUUCUAUCAUUGGAUGGUUGGCACUAUGUUCAUGUAUCAGUUUGCUAUUUUGUUGGGUGGUUGUAGGAAGAUCUUACGACCAGGUGGAUUGUGGUUUAUAAAGGAUCCACAGGAUCAGAACUUCCAUCCCAUUCGCGACAUUCUAGAUCGUCCAACCCUUCUCCAAAUGCGGAAGCUCGCAAUCAGUGCGAUGAUGUAUUCUGUCGUUGUCGCACUUGGUAUGGGUGGAUUGGUUACAUGCUUGCAUGUUUGGGGAAGGUUCCUCUUGCCAUUGCGCUGGAAAUUACGGGAACCACUGUCGGAUAUUCCUGUCGACUUAUUGUUCCUUCACAUCGUAAUGCCCUCUACCAUCAAGUAUUUCCGACCUCGCAAAUUGGCAUUCGUACUAGCCACCAAGUACUGGAAGUUCGCAGCGAGACAAUUACGGAUUACCUCAUACAUGUUUGGUGGCCUACACCCUGAAGAAAUGCGUCCUUCAAAAUGCAUCUUGUCUUGGCUAUCUUCCCUGUUUGGUGCCUCGAAUCGAGACGAAAUGAGCACUGAAGAUGGUAAUCCGCCCUUCGACGGCAGCUUCCGACGAGUUCCGGCUCAAGACAAUAUAUCACUUCCGCGGGAGAUCCGAGCUACUGUGGUUGUUGACAGAGAUGGGAACCCGCUUGACGAGGCCGGGAGACGCCUUAUGGACUUGCAGAAUGCCGAAGCUGAGAAAGCGAAGCGGAACGCCUCAGAGGAUUAUGCGGUAGUAUACCUCCCACCUCACUUCAGAGAACGAGUGAUCAUCUUCAUCGUAUCUCUUUGGAUUGUUGGAUCGUCACUCUUCGUAGCUGGGCUUGCGAUCCCUACCUUAUUGGGCCGCGCUGUUUUCAGCGUUGUCUUGGGUCGGGAAGUUCAUGAUGGUUAUUCUAUCAUGCUUGGUUUCUACUUGUUAUGGGGGUGUUAUUUCGUCGGAACAGUACUGGAUCGGAUGGACAAGAGACGACAGCGGUCAAACAGCGAUGAACCUCGGGGUGAAUAUGCUGUUUAUGUAUUCAAACGCGCCAUGUUAUGGUCCGGAAAUGUCGUUUGGGUAGCAUUCUGGAUUGGUGUUGUUAUUCCGACGUUGCUGGCCGUAGUCAUCGAGGUUUAUCUCGUCCAUCCUCUGCGAGUCAUGAUCAACCCGAAUUGGACGCUACAAAUUGGUGUAUUCGACUCGUGGGCUAUUGGACUUGUCUACACAAAGAUGGCUCUAUCGACAAUGCGCCUUCGACCCGAAACACGCAUAGACACAGCUUUAAAAGAGAUGAGAGACAAUGGCUGGCGUCGUUUGAAUGCAGUCACAGUGACUCUGGACAUUAUAGCUCCUGUCACUGCAGGUCUCCUCGGCAUGCUCUUACUCCCCAUACUUCUCGUACUCGGCUUGCAAUGGCUCUUACCUUCCAAAAUCAAUUCAAACACACUCUUCCUCUACGUUUACCCAGGCAUAUUCAUAUCAGCGGCCUUUGCCCGCACGUAUACCGCCCUCCAAUCGCUCCUUGCCUCUUGGGCGCAGCAAAUUCGUGAUUCCGAGUUCCUUGUGGAAAUGAGGUUGCGUAAUUUGGAGGCACCACCUCGGACACGUUCAGUUAGUGCCGAAUCGAUACCGCCAUUGGAGGCGCAGCCGAACAGCCCGGGAGCGGAUUAAAUUUGGUUUACACUCACCUCAACAAAC